CGAGGACAGAAGGGACUUCAUUACCCGACAGCACAAACUGUUGUACACUGUCUAAAAGCACCUGUCGGCUGUGGUUCUGCCUGCUUUCGGUCAGUUUCCCACCUGUGUGCCGCAGGUAUCAUUCGGCACUUUUCCUCUGGAGGAGACAGAGGUGUUAUCCACAGCACACUGUGGAUGAAGACUCACUCCUCGGUUUCUUAAUGGCAAGAAGACUCAAUAAUGUGUGCCUAGCAUGGCUGUACCGACCACCACGGGACCGGUAUGGCUUUUAGCCGCAUCAGUAAACUGGACCCCCCGUCCCGAGGCAUCCUCAGGAAAGCGGCGGUCAUGCUGUGCUCCCUCCUCACCUCUCUCUUCCUCCUGCACUGCCUCACCGACCGCUGCAGCACCACCUCACCCUCACCGGUCAAAGCGUCCUCCGACCGGGCUGCGGGGCUUUUCGAGGACUUGAGGUCGCAGAGGACUAAAAGACUGGUGUACGAAUGGACCGCCGGGUCGGAGCUGAUGGGCUACGGGGCCGCCGGACGCUCCUCCUCGCGGGUCCUCGCGGAUGAGCGCGCGGGACAGGUCUCGGAGCUGCCCGAGGAGUCUCUCAUCUUGCCGCCUCCGGAUUUAGUUGCUUCCAGGAAAGUGUCGCCGAGGUUCGCAGGUAAACUCAGUCCGCUCGGGGAGGGGAGCAAGAAGCUGCCCCAGGCUCUCAUCAUCGGGGUGAAGAAAGGAGGGACCCGGGCUCUGCUGGAGUUUCUCCGGGUUCAUCCAGACAUCAGAGCCGUGGGAGCGGAGCCGCACUUCUUCGACCGCAACUAUGACAACGGGCUGGAGUGGUACAGGGAGCUGAUGCCCAAGACCCUGGAGGGCCAGAUCACCAUGGAGAAAACCCCCAGCUACUUUGUGACCAGAGAGGCUCCAGCCAGGAUAUCCGCUAUGUCCCGGGACACCAAGCUGAUCGUGGUAGUGAGGGACCCCGUCACCAGGGCUAUCUCGGACUACACACAGACACUGUCUAAGAAGCCUGACAUUCCCUCUUUCGAGAGCCUCACCUUCAAAAACAGGACUACGGGGCUCAUCGACACCUCAUGGAGCGCCAUUCAGAUCGGCAUCUACGCCAAACACCUGGACAACUGGCUGCAGUACUUCCCCAUGGACCAGAUCCUGUUUGUGAGCGGUGAGCGUCUGAUCAGUGACCCGGCCGGAGAGCUGGGCCGCGUGCAGGACUUCCUCGGGCUCAAGAGGAUCAUCACAGACAAACACUUUUACUUCAACCAGACCAAGGGUUUCCCGUGCCUGAAGAAGGCAGAGGGCAGCAGCAAGCCCCACUGCCUGGGCAAAACCAAAGGGCGGACCCAUCCGAACAUUGACCCUGAGGUGGUGCAGAGGCUACGGGACUUCUACAGGCCCUUCAACAUGAAGUUCUACCAGAUGACGGGACGAUUUUUUGGCUGGGAUGAUUGAAUGUGUUUUUGUCUGCAACACUGAGGACUGUCAGAAAUACUGCAAUGGAGUAUUAGGAAUACUCUACGGGGAUGAUUUUCAGAAUAAAGUCGUAAUAUUUCAAGAAAAGUUAUAAUGUAAUAUAAAAGUGUAAAGUUACAAUAAAAGUUAUAAUUUUGAAAUAUGACGUUGAAAAAUGUGUGAAUACACUUUAUUUUGUGAAUAACUUAAUAUUCUGUUGUAAAAC